GGCUAUUUCCGUCACACGCGGCACGUGCCAAGCGCGGUGACGGCGUGACGCGGCGGCGGCGACGGCGGCGCGCUAUUACUACGGCGGCGGCGUGGGGCGUGUUUUGGGCGGCCGGCGGCGGGCCGCCGCUCGGACGGAUGACAGGCCAGCGCGCGGCGCGUUGGGAGUCGGAGAGCGCACCACCGCCACCGCCGGCACAGCAUGGCCGCGGCCGAGCGACGGCGACCGGCCGGCCGCGCCGCCAGAGGUGACAUACUACUCAUAGCCAGCCUAGCCGUCCUUAUUUCAACGGUUUGUGGUCAGGAGGCAGCGUUGAACGCCCACCCGGCCUGUGUCAACUUUACCCGCGGUAACGAGGUGCUGAGGGAGUUUUACUCGCCCGGCUGGCCGGGCCGGUACCCGAAGAACGCCAACUGCACCCGCACGCUCACAGCUCCCGAGGGUCAGGUCAUCGAGAUUGACUUCCGGGACAAGUUUCAUCUGGAGCCUAGCCCCAAGUGCGAGAAUGACUACCUUUUGAUCCGGGACGGCAGGGAGGCCUACAGCCCGGCCAUCCGCCGGUCGUGCGGCAACGCUUUCCCCCGGCUGGUCACCUCGUCCAGCCGACACCUGUGGCUCAGCUUUCAGUCCGACGAGACCAUCGAGUACGACGGCUUCAAGGCCGUGUACGCCUUCAAACCAGCUCAGGUUCAGCUGCAGCCGCCGAGGUGUCGUUUUGAGCUGACCGGACCGGAGGCCAUCAUCUCCACGGACAACAUAACGGAGGAGUCAGUGGCGUACGCCGAGCGGAACCGACUGCCGAUCGACUGCACCUGGCGCGUCACAGUCACUCCCGGAAAGGAGAUUCAGGUAUACUUCAAGCAGUUCUCGCUGGCCAAGCCCAAUGAGUGCGAGCUGAAUUUCGUGGAGAUUCUGAGCGGCCCCGAGCUGCUGCUGCGGCGCAAACAGCACUUCUGCAGCAGCAAGGCCGAGUCGGUCAAGAUGGGACAGGACAACGACGUCACGUUCCGGUUCUAUGCCGCCCGCUCGUCGCUGGUCAGCGCCAAGACCCGCAUCCUGGCCGUCAUCACCGAGAUGCGGCUGCGCUCCAGCGAAGAACAGUGUCUGCCGACCGAGUUCGACUGCGACGACCUAUACUGCAUCAACCGCUCGCUGGUCUGCAACGGCAACUUCAACUGCGACAAGCUGCUCGACGAGAAGGCCGACUGCGACAGGACGAGCGAGCAGCACGCGCUGGCGUUCCUCACCACCAACUCCAACAUCGUCAUCAUGACCAUCGGCUGCGGCCUGCUCUUCGGCAUGUGCUUCUCCAUGUGCUGGAACUGCAUCCGCAAACUCAGGCAGGACUUCAGAGAAAAGCAGGAGAGCGUCCGGCGGCCGCACGAUGACGGCGCGCUGCUCCGGCCCGGCCGCGGCCGGCUCGCCGCCGACCCCGGCUGCUACGUGCCCAGUGUCGAGCUGAAGGCAGAGUUUCUGCCGUCGCCGGCGCUCAAUGGCAGCCUGGGCAGCGGCGUCGGCAUCGUCCGCGAGGAGACCGUCGACACCGACAUCGACACGGCCGAGGUGGCCAUCCAGACGCGGCCGCGCCUCGCCCGCGCCCCGGCCGUCUCGCGCUCCGCCUCGCGGACCUCGCGCGGCUCGCGGCACUCGCGGGACAGUGACGACAGCGACGGCUCGCCGCCGCCGCCGCCGCCACCGACGCGGAGCUGCCCGCACGGGCCGCCCAUCAGCCCGUUCCCUGAGGACCACUACCGCGGCGCGCCGCCACCGCCGCCGCCGCCGCCGGGCGGAGGCCCGCUGUACGGCGGCUCACUGCACUGUGACCUGCACCGGCCGCGGACACUGCCCAAGGCGCGCUCCGUGCACGCCGGGGUGGAGGUGCCGGGGAGAGGGGAGGAGGGCUGCUCAGGCCGCGCCACGCCGCGCCGGUACCGCGCAGAGGCCGUCAUCGAGAUGGGAACGCGGCCGCACAGUCUGCAGUCGGCCCGUUCCGCACCAGACGUGGUGGUGAAAAUCUGACCCGGCGUCGGCUGACGGGUGUGGUGCAGGACAGGGACAGGGUACAACGCACACAGCGGGACACGGAGCGGCAGACCGGCCAGUGGCUUCCUCUGGUACUGCGGUGGGGAUGUGGUGAGCCCUCUGGUGCCGUGUGGCGGUCCCUCUGGUGUCAUGGGGUGGGCCAUCCGGUGCCGUGCUGAGGGUACAGGUGACCCCUCCAGUGCCGCGGUGAGGUACCUACUGUGUCGCUUGUCGAGGGUCCCCACGCCCGUCCGUGUGAAUCGUGAGCGCUGCCUGUAUAUCGAGCGAUGUCCAUGGAAGUCGUGAGCAAUGUCCGUGUGACUGGCGAGCGUCUGCGGCGCCCGGACCCAUUUCACAGAGUGUGAGCCCCGAGCCACGGACAGUGCCCAAUGGGCCCGAGGGACGGCUGGCCGGCCUCAAAGGGAGCAGUGGUGUACUCCUGGUUGGCAGGGAGCCGGCCUGGAGACCCUCUUGGCGAGGGUGUGAUUGGUGACCACAGUCCGACGGUAAGGCCGUGGUAGCUGCCUGAAACGCAGCGUGGGACGCACAAACUGCAUAUGAGGUGUCAUCGGACGAUAUUAGACAUUGUUUUUGCGCCGCACCCAGUCCCUCCGUUCGUUGGGAAUAGGCACUUAACCUCCUCCAUCCUGUUAACAACUGAAUGGCGGCCCAGCCUGAGUCGGUGCUAUAUUUGCAAUAUGGAUCAUUGCUCGUUAGCUACUGCCGUGAAUCGGAGGCGUUCACCUUCGGAUCCUAGGAGGGGGAACGGGAGCGGAUGCAAAUUAUACAAACGUCUAAAUUGUCGAGCUAUAUUUUUCGGCAUAUCCUGGUGCCUAUUUCUGUCAUUGACUUUUAUUUCAUCUUCGUGAUCACGUAUAGGAUCAGAGACCUUUUUUCGCAUACGCCAACGAAGUGUUAGCUAUGCCUGUGUGCUAGCGUAUCAUUUUCGUAUCAUGCGAUCAUAGUUCAUCACAGUGCCUGAACUUAUAGAUCUGCUUUAGGUAUUGUUUAUCCUACUUGAGAACGAUAGAGCGAUGACAACCUACACUGAUGAUUCUACCUCAUUUAUGCUGUUUUGCUUCAAUGUGUGCCUUUAUGUUUUUAUUUUAUUUCGCCAACGCCAUCCCUUUUAUCAGACCUCAGCGCAGUGGCUUUAAAUGUGUUAGAAUGCUUGGCUCUUCGACGGUAUCAGACAUGCUAAGUUUUUACCUCAGCUAUCUGAUUAUUACACAAGUUCCUGACAGAUCUGCGAGGCUCAUCAGCCUUGUUUCCUGCUCGUCCUCGCGUUUGUUUGUAUCACCUGAACACAAGCGAUUGACCGACAAUCUACAGAGUGUCUGCUAGCAUGAACAUUAA